AUGAAUAAUAUUGAGGCUAUUACUGCUUCUGAGCAUUUACGGACAGAGCGACCGAGCGGACUAGAUACGUAUGGAGUGAGACAAGAGUUGAGUCGAGCUUUGGAUCUUUGGGCGAGAAAUUCGAAGCUUACAUUUCAUGAAGUAAACAGCGACCGUGCAGAUAUACUCGUUUAUUUCCACCGAGGAUAUCAUGGUGAUGGUCAUCCCUUUGAUGGACGUGGCCAAAUAUUAGCCCAUGCAUUUUUUCCGGGUCGUGACCGAGGCGGCGAUGCGCAUUUUGACGAAGAAGAAAUGUGGCUACUGCACGAUGAUCAACACGAAGAAGGUUCACAAGAGGAAAAACUUUGGGGAAAUUUACCGGACGCUCCAUCUUAUCCAUGGCCUGGUACAACAACUACAACCACUACAACUACAACUACAACUCAAAGGCCACGAACAACCCAAAAGUACUGGAGAACCUGGCCAACUAGACCAAACAGUUAUCCUGAUGAAAAAGAAAGAGAACGAGAGAGAGAAAGAGAGAGGGAAAGGGAGAAACCAGAUUACAAACCUCAGGGUCGUUAUCCUUACAAGCCAGAUUACCGAACUGACUUACCAGAAAAGCCCAAUUGGCCUGAAAAACCAGCAUGGCCUAAACGUCCUAUAUGGUCGGAGAAGCCAUAUAAACCUCAUCGGCAUUAUACGUCAACUAGCUCUACAACAGUUAUGCCACCGCUAUUUCGACCAAAACAUCGUCCAACACCAAAACCAAGAAGUGAUAUUCCCGAUAAAUGUGAUACUAGCUAUGAUGCUAUUAGUAUCAUUCGCAGAGAAGUCUUUAUUUUCAAAGGAAAAUAUUUCUGGAGGAUAGGGGACCAAGGAUUAUACGAAGGAUAUCCAGCAGAAAUAGUACGUCUAUUCGAUUUACCCGAAGACAUUGAUCACGUAGACGCUGUAUACGAACGACUAGAUAAGAAAAUAGUAUUUUUCAUCGGAAGAAAUUAUUAUGUCUUCAACGCAAAUAAACUUGAACCCGGGUUUCCUCGACCUCUUAGUACUCUGGGACUUCCCGAAAGUCUUGAUAAAAUUGAUGGAGCAAUGGUAUGGGGUCAUAACAGCAGAACUUACUUUUUUAGUGGUACUAUGUACUGGAGAUUUGACGAAGCCAUUAAUUAUGUUGAAUUAGAUUAUCCAAGAGACAUAAGCAUGUUCGCAGGCAUAGGCAACAAUAUUGAUGCUGUAUUUCAAUGGAAAAACGGUAAAACAUACUUUUUCAAAGGUAAUAAGUUCUGGGAGUUCGAUGAUCUGAGAAUGAGAGUUGUUCACGAAAAACCAAGACUGUCAGCACCAUUUUGGAUGGGUUGUACCUCCGAAUUGGACAGCAAUGACGUUGAUUUACCGCGAAGACGAGCAAAAAUAGUUUAUAAUACCGGAAAUAAACCAGCUAUUAACUUUUUUAAUAGAUUCUCCAUGAUGCCUUUAUUAGUCAGUUUUGGUAUACGAUAG